AUUAAACGCUUACGGGAGAAAAGAGAGUUGUUGUUCGCCAUUUUGGAAUUGGAAAGGUCCCUUAAAAAUUGGACCUAUUUGAACUAAUUGUCACAAUCUGCCGCCAUCCAUCCCUUGCACCUAAAUCUAAGCUUUACCGUUAUUAUUAUUUAAAGAAACCCAUUUGGACGGACCGAGGGAGCGGACCGUUCCCUGGGUGCAGUGCUCUGUACUCAAUGACUUCUUCUGAUCAGCAUGUCUGCAGUUUCGGGGCUAAAUGCGAAGGCGGAGAAAGGAAGGUCGAAGUAUGUUGCUUUGGAUAUAAAUAGUAUCUAUAAAGGAAAAAGUUUGGAAAAUCCUAAAGCUACCGUUCAACCUAAACAUGGAUUGCAAUCACUGGGGAAAGUGGGAACUGGACGGCGUAUGCCACCUCCUGCUAAUUUACCAAGUUUAAAAAGUGAAAAUAGUGGAAAUAAUCCAAAUAUAAGCCUUGUUCCAAGUGGCGGUCAAGGAUGGGGCAGUACCACCAAAGAGAAAGGCAAACCAGAAGAGACCAAUGGAAGUCAGCAGCCAUCACCGCAAUCGCAGCCAGCCUCUUCGCUAUCACAAACAACACAGAAAACAAGUACAACAAACACAGUUGCAACUUCUGGAGUAAACAAAACAUGGAGCAGUAUAACACAAAGCCAAGAGGAUGGUGGUCAAGAACGGAACUUCUUGGGCCAGCAGUCGCCAUUUUUUCCUCAGGAAUUCCCCAAGUUAGCUGGUGGAGAUGCACCAACAGAAGGCAAUCAGAAAUCAAGUGUAGAUUCCCAAUAUGGACCAGGACCAAGUCUGAGACCUCAAACGGAAGGCAGCUGGGGAAGAGGCACACUGCAACAGCCACCAGCUGGUUCGGUCGGAAACCAGCAACAGAGCAGUGGCAGUGGCGUGAACGGCCCCCAGCAACCUUCAGAUUCCCAGCCUUUGUCUUCACAGUCUCACAUACGAGAUCGUCAAUAUCCUGCUCCUAGAGGUGCCCCUAUUGCGGGUGGCAACAUAGGAAAUGUUCCUUCUGGCUCUACCUCUGGUGGACCACCUAUUGGGCCUGUUCCGUCUCCAGGACAUGCCAUGGGAAGUCAAAUGGGCAUGCCUCCACAGUUUAGAGGAAUGAUGCCCACUUUUAUGUUAGGACGUAAUUCUUAUCCUUCUGGAUACCCUUCAAAUUUUACUAAUGUACCACCUGCUGCACAACAAAACUCUCGUCCACCCUACCCUUACUCAGAUAACAGACGACCUCAACAAGUACGCCCUCUUGCCGAAGAAGAGGCAUAUCAACGCCCUGCUGCAAUUAUCACUGAAAAAGCUCUGAAGGGAUUUGAUGAAAUACUUCAAAAUGACACACAAGAUACAUGGGCAACAUCUCAUGGUGAAAUAGAUUAUAAUGCAAAAUUAGUCUUUAGUGAUGAUGAAGAUACCCCUGUUAAUCAAAAAAAGGAAAAAAGGGAUGGUGAUGAUAAGCCAUUGAAAAGUCAUAGUAGUGUCAAAAAUGAAAAAGAUAGAGAGAAAAAAUCUGAACGUGACAGGGAAGGUAGACAAUUGCGUGAAUCUGAUUGGAGUAGAGAAAACAGAGGAGAUAAAAAAAGUGAACAAGAUGCUGAUUGGAAUUUCGAGCGUGGUGAUGGUUUUGAGAAAGAAAGGGAUGAAAGGUGGAAGUCUUGGAACCAACCUUCUCAAGGUAGGUCAUCUUCCAUGAGUAAUAUGGAAAUGCAACGCCAGUGGCAACCUAAUCAACCACCCCAACGACCGUUUGACUACAGGGGCCCGCCACCACAGCCUCCUGGCUCGGCAUAUGCCUCUCCCCAUGCAAGAAUGGCAGCUGGUCCAGUACCUCAUAUUCAACAUGGUAGCUACCCACCUCCUCGCCCUGCAAGGCCUGGUGGACCACGUUCAUCAGUAGCUGAUGAUGAUGAAAUGUGGCGCCAACGAAGAAAACAGCAUACUGAAGAAAUGACAAUGACUGUUGAGAGGGCAAGGCAAAGGAGGGCUGAAGAAGAGAAACAUUAUGAGCAAAGUAAACAGUGUGCACAAGAAAAAGCAAAGACAUUUGAGAAGUGUGAUAAAGAGAAAGAUAUAGACAUUGAUGAAACUGAUAGGUCUAGGCAUAGUAGUGAGAGUCGAGAUGACAAACCACCUAGCCGCGAUGGACGUGACAGAGAUCGUUCUCAACCAAAUUAUCAGGGCUAUAACUUUUCAAGACAAUUUCAAAAGAAUGUUCCUCCACGUUUUCAAAAACAGGCUGCAGAAUAUAUGCGGCAACAGCAAACCCAACAACCUGGAAGUAUGCCCUCAACUCAAAGUGGCUCUGGUCAUUUCAUGCGAUCACAGUCAGUCGGGCAAACUAGUCCUGGUUCUGGACCUGUUCCUUCAGGAAAUAGUGCAAGCCAUGGUGCCCAAUCACAGCAGCCUCUUUCUUUACCUGUUGGAUACGAAACUGGAUGGACAUCUCAUACUCCUUAUGUCAAUCAAAUGCAAAGUAUGUCUCCUAAUGUGAAAGGAAUGUCACGACAACGUUCCACCAGUCAAGGUUCAGCUUCAGAUAGUUAUGAGAGUGAUAAUUGCAUUCCAGACCAAUCUGUAGGAUUUGAAAGAGAAUCUCAUGAAAAUUAUUGGAGCCGAGACAGAAGACAAGGAAAUGUUGCUGGUUAUGAAAGUUGGAGCUCUACUUCAGUUAAUGAACCUUACUUUGACCAAAAAGAUUCAAGUAAGGCACUUGAUCAAAGACAUGAAUUUAAAAGAGGUACUGUUGAAAAAGAUGACAAACCUUAUGAAACUCAUUUAAGAGAACCAGAAAGAAGAGACAAAGAAUAUGAAAAUCAUGAUUAUCGAUAUAAAGGCAGAGACUCUUACAAAGAAAAAUCUGAUAACAGGGACACCAAAGAAAGAAGCAAAUCUAACAUGUGGGCAAACACACAUGAAUAUGAAGAAAGAAGUGUUUUUGAUGAUUCUCGUGAGCUAAACCGUGAAAAGCCAAUGAAAGACAGAAACGAACGGUAUGAGAGGCCAGAAAAAGAAAGGUGGGAUAAAGAGAGACCCCAGAGGCCGGAUAGUAGAGAUUCCCGAGCUAGUAGAGAAUCAACGAAAGAUGAAAGGUAUUUAGAGCAUAGUGAAUUUGGAGGUUCUCAAUUAGAACGAGAAAGGAGAGGCGGAAGCUCCAGGGAAGAAAAGAAAGAAAAAAGCACCAUUGAUUGGGGUGAAACUCCUUAUCCUGCAGAAAAUAAAAAACGUGAAUGGUAUCCACAUCCUCCACCCAUCACGCCUAAGCAAAUAGAGAGCAUUGGGCCUCCUAAAAAAAAUCUGACGACUUUGAGAAGAUCUAAUGCUGCUAAUACUCCUGUGAUUCCUGAAAAGAAAUCAGAAUCUCCAAAAGAAGACGCUUCUACAAAAAAGAGUGAUUUUGAAACAAGUGUGAAAAAAGACAAAGAUGCUAAGGAGGAAAAAAAUGAAAAGUUAAAAGAGUGUUCCCAAAAAGAAAGUGACAAAUAUACUGAUAAUAAAUUUGAGCAACAACAAUAUGAAAAACCUAAGACUUACAAUAAGGACAUUCCUAAAAAGAAUGAAAAUGAAAAUAUUAGUGAAAUGCCUAAAAAAGAAUCUAGUGCAUUAUCUGAAGACAAAGAAAAACCUAGAACUGAAAAAUAUGAUCAUUCCUUUGUAAGGAAUGAACAAAAUAGGGAUAAAAGACGCGAUGGUAGAGAAAGGGGUGUUAAUUCUCGUUCUAGAGGAAAUGCAUCUGUUUCCAGCAAUCAAUCAACUGGAAGUAUUGGUGGGAAUGGCCGUUUUGAUAAUAAUAGAUCUCGUGGAGGUAGUAAUAAUAGGUCUGGCACCUAUGGGACUACUGGUAUGCAGCCAAGCUCAGGCCAUCCGUCUGGUGGAACUUUCCGUGGUAAACGUGAAUAUCGUAGAUCUAGAGUCGAAAGGGGUCCUAGGUUUGACCGUCAAAAAGAAAGAGAUAAAGUUAAAGAUGACAAGAAAGAUAAGCAUAGUGAUGACACCUCUUGUUCUGAGGUUGAAGAAUCCAAGUUGGGACAUUUACGCUCUAAGGAUGAAGAUAGUGAAGUUUCUGUUGAUGAAGCUAGUGCUUCUACGACUGAAAGUGCCCAGGCUGAGAAAUAUCAAGGAACUGAUGUAUCUUUAGAAGAAAAGAAUUUCAUAAAUGAUCCAUCUGGUGCAAUUAAAGAAACAAGUGUGAAAAGUGAUAAAUAUAAAAAAGAGAAAAAUAAUCAACGUGGUGAGCAAAAGCCUUACGAAACUGAAAAACUGAAAGAAGAAAAGGGUGGUUUUGCUCCUCGGGGUGAACCUACUAGAAGAGGAAGAGGGACUGGUACUUUGUCGUUUCGAAGAGGUGGUGUCAGGCACGGGCCGAGUAGUUACGGGCCACCGCCAUCCAGAGCUGGCUUUGGAAGCAAUAAACAGGAAAAGUUAGAAGAUCAAAAAAUAAUAGAAGAAAAUUUCAAUGAAUCCAGUCAAGGAGAUUUUAAGUCAAAUGUUACUUCUAUUGAGAAUGCAAGUAAUGCUUAUCCUAAAGAUUCCAGCAAAUCCCGUUCUUUAGAAAGGCCUCAACAGCGUAGACAGGGUCGUUAUGAUCAGUUACCUCCUCGUUUUCAAAGAAAGCAUGAGCGGCGCUAUGAUAAAUAUGAACAGCCUACUAGAGGAAGAGGUCGAGGCCGUAGCGGGGGAGGAUAUCAAGGUCCUGGUGGCCCAAUGGCGAAAUUAGGGCAAGGUGGCAAGGAAAAUUUAUCUGAUGUAGGGAAUGAGGAAUGGGAAACUGCUUCAGAAAGUAGUGAUGUUGCUGAUCGGCGUGAUCGACAAGAUGAUAAAGAUGAUGUGCGUAAAAAAGAAGCUAGAGAUAAAGGGUUAUCAACUACGAGGAAAAGUUUUUCCAGUCAGCGACCUGUUAACGAAGGUAUGCAAAACCGCAGAAUGAAUGAUUCGCGUCGUGGUGGACUACAUAAUAGUGAUAGAAAUCGUCAGAGAGACACUCUACCUCGUGAUAAUCGUUCUAGGGACUCUAUGCGAGGUAGGCAAAAUAGUAACUUUGUUAACACUGGUGGUGAUAGAAAACCUAUCACCAGCAAUGGUAAUAAUUCAAGACCUUCCAGUAGUGCAGGUCACCCUGGCAAUGUCAAUCGGAACAGCAAUGGUCGUAGUGGAAAUCAAUCUUCUAAAACUGGUGCUUUUCCGACAAAAAAUGAAGCGACUACUGCUGUGUAUAUAAUGGACGAAAUUAAGUUACAAGAUCCAAAUGGAGUACAGGCUGCUCUAACUGAUCUUACAAAUAGAAAAGGUAUUAAAGCGGAAGUUUCUGUUCCAAAACUCCCUAAAACUGAAAAGGAAAAAACAGGUGGUUUGGAAGGAUAUGAUUUGAAUAAUUAUGCAAGUGUUGUAAUUAUCGAUGAUUAUCCUGAAGUAAAUGAUGAUCCAAACUUACUGUGUGGCACUGAUGAUGGUUUUCAAGAAGUAACUUCCAAAAAGCGACAUAAAGUUAUGAUUGAGAAUGAUGUUAAAAAAAUGAAGAAAGAGCCUCUUGCACGAAACAAAAAUGGGUCUCGUUCAAGACAAAGCAAAUUGCCUCCAAGGUUUGCUAAGCAGAGAGAAAAUAUUAAGUCUACAAGUGUGACAACAGCUUGGGAUGUAAAUAUGGAUUUGUCUACUAAGCCAUCAACUUUAUCAAUUAAAGAUUCCUCGCCAGCCCCACCGGCAAUGAAUGCUUGGGAAAAGCCUAUUAAUCAUGUGUUGUGUACUCAGCCUUCUGUCAUUACUUCAAAUCCACCCUCCUCUAUAAAUACUACAACUACUGUUAGUUCUUGCACAUCUUCUGGGUCAUCAGAAAUUCAAAAUCUUGCUGCAACAUCAAAAUCUAAUAGUUUCGAUCGCAGUGAUCAGCACGACAGUGGCAUUGAUGUGAGUGAUCAACAUGCCUCGGCCGCAUCUUCACAGCGAUCAUCGCCUAGUAAUGAUUGCAAAAUAGUUGCUGCUGCUUCUACUAAUUCUGGGAAAAAAGAUUCUAACGAAGUCAAUGAAUUGGUUACAGAAAUUGAUACUUGCAAACCAAUGUGUACUGUAGUGUUUGAGAAUAAGAAUUUUAAAGCUGAAAAUGCUGUACUAGAUAAAUUUGGUGGACAGGCUAAAAACCAACCAACUAAGGAAAUUUCUAAUCCUUCCACUGAAAACCUAGCCCCAGUGGGAAGCUCUUUGACAAAAUCAAAAGAAGCUUCACCAGAAUCAGAUGAAAAGCCUCAUAGUAUACCACCUGUAACAUUCCCAGCAAAGGAAUCUUUUCCAAAGAGUGAAGGAACUGAUAUGAAACUUGAUUUCACUUUUGAGUCUGGCUUAGAACAAUUGACUGAUGAAAAGAGUAUUAGAAAUUCUAGUGGUAAUGCGCAUUUGCCCAAUAAGCCUAUGAAUAUUGGUCGCUCUAUGGAAGUAUCUAGCAGUGGAGCAUCAGGAAUACAGUCGCCAAUUUCACCUUCAACAGAUGAUUUGAAUUUAAAGAUACAAUCUGUCAAGAAGGUGUGGGAAAAUGAUCCACCUCUACCUACAGUAAUGGAACAUCCACAAACCACAGCUGAGGAAAGUACUCCUACAUCUUACAGCUCCUUUUCAAAUAAUGCAGAAUCCUCAACCAACGUAUACAGCACUUCAGUGGACUCCAAUUCUCAAACCAGGAAAGAUCAAGAAGUCAACGAAAUUUCCUUCAGGGAAAAUUCCCCAUUGCAACAAGUGUGUAACAAUUCAUCUUUGACAAAAGCUAUGGAUCAGUGUAUUCCAUCAGCAAAAUCUCAUUUGCAAAUGGCUGCCCAGCAUAAUGCAAUAGCUGCAACUCAUUGCCCUGCUCCACUCAGUCCUCCUCUAAUGAGUGGUGGGUUGGAGACUAUUGCUGGUAUAAGAACAAUAACUGGUCUGGCGAGUUCUGUGCAAGUUGCUGGUAUUCCUGCAAUUCCAAGCCCACCUACUGUUGUAUUCAAUUCUUCUCAGCAGCUUGCCCAAACUGGUAUGUAUCAGCCUCUUCAAAUGGAUAACAGACAAACGCCUGCUGCAGUGGCCGCAGCUGCUGCUAUGGUGCAGUACUCACAAUCAACUCAUGGAUAUCCUCCUUUGGGCACUUAUGGUAUUUCUCACCAGCCUCCUAAUCCCCAACUGUCAAAUGCUUAUGGGCAGCAAUCUCUCUUUGUUCAACCUCCUGCUACUCAUCAAGGUCAAGACAUGUAUUCAUCUAAUCAAUAUAGAGUACAACCACCUUAUCCUCAAAGUCAACAUGUUUCUUCGAAUCAAGUUCUUAGUGCACAGCAGAAUUUAGCAAGCUCUCACUUGUUAGGUUCGCAGUUAGUUCAGACGAGACCAACACCUGGUCCAUCUCCUGCUGCUACUCAUCUUCAGAGUCUUCAUGGCUUGCAAGCUGUGCAACCAACUCAGACUUCAUAUUUUUCUGCUUCUGCCCAACCUCAAACUGCAAACUACUACCAUCAACCUCCUACCACCCCUGGUUCACCCAUGCAACAGCAACCCCAAUAUCCAUCCCAUCAAAGUUAUGGAUCUCAAUCGGCACUGAAUGUUCUUCCCCAGACAGCUGCUGUCAAUCCCAGUUUUCGGAACUUUGGGAGUCAUCAGUACAAAGCUCCCAACAAUGUGAUUAACAAUAUUGUGCCUGAUGCAGCAUCUUUGCGGUCAGCAACCAGAUCUCCAACUGUUGAUGUCUCCUCAAAUCGUAAUUUAUUUAAUGUUAGCACUGCAGUUUCUACAUCUCUUAAUUCUACUACUCCUGUGGCUGCAGUACCUCCCAUGUCAAACUCCGGAGUUGUUGGCAAAAUAAAUCAAGCGCAAGGAAGUGCUCUUCCUGCAAAUCGUAUCAGUGCAUCUUCCGUUAAAACAUCCCAAUACUCCAUCCCUCAAUCACAGCAACAUUACUAUUCCUUUGGACAACAGAAAUUCAACCAUGUUCAGCCGAAUUCAGUUCGACCUCCUGUGUUAUUCCCGAAUGUUGUACGGAAUCCAGCUCAUCAGCAGCUUCCUGCAGUUGCUGCAGCUGGUGCUGCAACAGUUCACAAUGUGCACUAUCCAUCUCCCAUUCAAAGACCUGGGCCUGCUGCAGCUGCUGUGACACAGAAUGCUCCUCAGCCGCAACCCAAGAUUGGAAUUAGACCCCAAGCCAAUGUUUUGGUACCUGGUGGAAAACUUUCAUCAGCACAACAAGCUAAGCUAAGAGCAGAAGCUGUCCAACAGACACACAUGUUCUUUGCUCAGUCUAAAACAGGAAAACAUGAAGACACUGUCUCCCACAUGCUUUCUCAAGAGAAGAGCAGCAUCCCUGCUGGGACAGUGCAGAAAAUACCUGCUACAAAUCAAGGUCUUGAAGAAGAGAAAGAGAAGCAGUGCUUGUCGUCCACGAGUGAUAAACCAGUUUCUGGUGAAAAUAAGGACAAUAAUGAAGGUGGAGAAGCAACUGCUACCGAAGAAUGAACUAGUGUUUCAAAAUUCAAUGGUGUAAGGUUGUUAGCCAUAAUUUGAUACUUAAUAAUGGCCUUAUAUAAGAUGUUGAGCUCGCUAAAUGCAUUUGUAGCUGCUGCAUCUUACAUACAAAAUUUUUCUGUGUAAUUCACAUUAAAAUAUUUUGUCAUCUUGCAUGUAUAAUGUCUGCCAUCUUUACUUAACAUGCUUGAAAAAGGUACACUUUCUCUUCUAAAUUUACUAAAGGGACUACUCACAUCAUCAAUGGCAGAUCUAGAAAUUUCCUAAUUUGCCAACCAAGUGUUAGCAAUUUUUUCCAAGUUGAUAGGAUAGUAUCUUUGUUGGACUGUUUUUAAAUUUUCUUUUUCUUGAAACGGUACAUUUAGUUUCUCUGAUCGUGAGUUAAACAAAUGUUUUUAUGCUGAAGGGAAGGCGGUUAGUUUUUAUUAAAAGUGUAAUAAAUAGGACAAAAAAAGGCCUGUCAAGAUUUAAUAAAAUGGAGUGGGGUUAAAGUUCAGAUUAAUUAUAUAUGUAUAUCUAAAGAUUGUAUUGUGGAUAAUGCAGCAAUGGCCGGGCUCUUUGCUUAAUAUACUUACUAAAUAAACCCUUGCUUUUUAGCACAAGUGAUGCAUGGAGGUGAGUUGUCAGACAUAGGUACCAAUGGGGAAAUUCCAAAACUGGACCAAAAUGGCGAACAAGAAUACAACCUUCAACUGGCAGAUCGUACAACAAAAUAAAAAAUCUUUCCCUAAUCUUUCCUCAUGUGUGACUGUUGUAAUUAAACUUCUGCGUGUAAUAGUUUGGUGCAGACUUGAAGGGCACUGUUGUGCCAGGAACUCUUUCGCUUGGCACUGAUCUUUGUAAAGUAUGGGGAGAUGUAUAACCUUUUGCGUUACUUUUUUUAUUUAAUUCAUGUGUGUUUUGCAGGAAGUGAAAUUAAAUGUAAUUGUUUGCCCAUGUACAGAAAAAAAUAAAUAAAGGGUGUAUUCAAUUGAAGAAAUGGUCACUUAAAACUAUAAAAGACUGCUAACUGGGCAUCUUUUGGGCACUCCUCAGGUAGAAGUGCCAGUCUUUUCUUUUGAUUUAGCCUUGUUUCGGGUUUUGCUUUGAAAAAAAACUAUCACUUCCUGUAUCUUUUCAACUGAGAAGUGGAGCACAGCCAUUUUUAUGACAGUGCUUUACUGCAGUUGUAAUGUUUAGAAUCAUAAACUGUAUGAAACCAGCUUUAUCAAUUUCCAUUCAUGUAUACAUACUACAUUGUAAGACACUGCCGGCCAAGUAAAUUUGAGGGGUUUAGUUAGUCAUUUUUAUUUUUAAUCAUAACACAGUUUGCAUGCUUUUAAUGUUGACUGUAAAAUGUAAAUUGCACCGUAUGCCUGUGCUCAAUCAUAGGUGGACGGUCAGAUAAGUUUUUUGAAAUAAAGAUCAAACAUUUUGUUUUUUCCCCAUCUGAGACUGUAUGUAGUCGACUUUUGCUGCAAUAAAGCACUGUAAAGUAUGUAAAA